GAAACCUAAAUAAAGUUAGAGAAUGAAGAGGAAGAUCUGUCUGCAGAAAGAAGUAGAAAAAAAAUUCCAUUUCCACCCGGGAACCCUUGUUUAAGCUUUUCUCUGUUGCAUUCUGAAAGGGACAGAAGCAGUUGCCUGACAACACCAUCUGCUUCAAACGAAUCAUUCUUUCCUAAUUAGAAUAAAAAACAAUCAUUCCGAUCGAAUAGUUGCUUCGAUUUCGUUCGACCAUGUUUUCGAUCAACUCUGCCCUUCUCCAACUGGACAAAAAACUGGAAGAGGACAAUAAAUUUAACGAAUACUUGAAGAAAACCGAAGCCGUAACUGGAAUCGAACGUCGAAAAUUGGUUCUCACGACAUGCUUUAUCCUUGGUGCUAUGGUAAUUAUCGGAUAUGGUGCUCAACUGGUCUGCAAUGGUAUUGGUUUCGCUUACCCAGCUUACUGUUCGAUUUUGGCCAUUGAAACCCGCAACAAAGAAGAUGAUACUUUGUGGUUGACCUACUGGGUCGUGUUCGCUGCAUUGUCCCUUGCAGAAUUUUUCUCAGAUUUCAUCUUGGCUUUAAUUCCUUUCUAUUGGUUCUUGAAGUGUAUUUUCCUUAUGUGGUGCUUUGUGCCUUUCAAAGUGAAUGGUUCUAGAAUCAUCUAUUACCGAUUUAUCAGGCCUGUUUUCCUAUCUCAUGUCGGACAUCCAGAACCCGAAGAAUCUACUCCUAACGACGAGCAUGAGAAGUCCUCAUAAAUUGCUAGUCCAAGAGAUGCUCUGUUUUUCAACUUGAGAGUGAGAAGAUACCGAUGAGUAUUUGUGACUGAGGAAUAAUGCGUUUUUACUGAUAGCAUUUAGAAUAGUGUGAUUGUUCUUUUGUACCCUUCGUCAAUUCCUGGUGAUCGUAACUGUUCUUUUGUACCUAUUUGGAUACCAUACCUCAUCCAAUGUGAAAAACCAUGUUAUUAACUAUUAUUUUUUCUAAACCAGACUUUUUAAACUUCUAUCACCGAAGUUUAUUUUUCGACGUGGUAUGAAGAUGAAUAAGAAAACUGAAUAUUUUGUUCGAAAAGAACGGAAUUUAUCAGCGAACGGUUUCGAAUAAAUAAUAGUUGUUACCUUUUGUUCUAGUCAGUAUCGAUAACGUCACCUGUACAUAAAUAUACUAAUCAUGAAUCUGUGAUCAUUAAUAUGUUUUAGGACUGUAAUUAAAUAUUGACUUACUGAAUAAUUAGAAGAUAUUAUCCUUUAAUCACUUAUUACCUGAAAUAUUCAGUCUUGUUUAAUUGAAAUCCUGAAUUCUUUAAUCGUAUUAUUUAAUCUCUUAUUUUUUGAAAAAGUACUCUAAUAUAUUGAUAACAAAAUUGUUUUCAGAUUAUUGCAAAAAUUACUUAAUUUUCCGUAUGUAGAGAAUUGUUUUUAGUAAGUUAUUAUUUACAAUGUGUCAAUAUUUUGCUAACAAGUAUAAAAGUUUUAAUUUCAGCAUAAGUAUAUUAAUAAUGUAUUUGUUAGAAAUCAAAUUUGAAGUAUUUUUAAGCAGCUUUAUUUCUAAGAAAGAUAUCUUGCAAAAAAUCCAUUCUUUAAUUUUUACAUCGUUUUAAUUGUUAUCAGAUUAAACUAACUAUUUUGUUUAUCAAAGACAAUAAAAAAAUAAAUAUUCAAAUUUUUGGCACUUUAAAAUUAUUAUUUUUUUAUUAUUUAUUAUUUUUUUAAUACUGCGUAUGAGUAAUAAAUUCCAUUAGUUAACUAUUAGCGGAAAAAAAAUAUUAUGAAGUUUUAAUGCUAAGGAAUGAAUUAUUUUUAAAUAAUUUUUUUCACGUUUAUUAUUCUGUAGACACAUUUGAAUUUUAAUAAUGCAUUAAUGAUGUUUCUUUUAAACAUAAACAUUUUGUCAUUAUUGUUAGAGUGUUUGUGAACAAUGAAAAUAAAAUUUAUUUGAUUAUACAAAUGA